AUGGAAAAUACCCACAUCGGAAGUAAUUCUACUACCAGUUCCGGCGCCGGCGCCGGUGCCGGACUUACAUCUCUUGUCGGAGAAGUUAGAAAACUUCACAUUGUCUAUUUUAUUAGUCGACUUGGUCGGAUUGAACAUCCUCAUCUUAUCCGAGUUAAUCAUGUUUCUCGCUCCGGCGUUCGUCUUCGAGAUGUUAAAAGGUGGCUGUCGGAAUUACGUGGGAAGGAUAUGUCUGAAUCGUAUUCUUGGUCUUACAAAAGGAAAUAUAAAGCAGGAUAUGUAUGGCAAGAUUUGAUGGAUGAUGAUUUGAUUACUCCAAUAUCCGACAAUGAAUACGUUCUUAAAGGAUCCGAAAUUCCCUCAUCAAGAAUUGAUCUUGAACCAACCACCAUAGAGAAGAAAACUUCAGCUAGUUCGCCGGCGGCGAAAGAGUCGCCGGAAAAUGAGACAGAAAAAACAAGCCAUCCCAUAAAAAUGUCGUCGGAGAUAGAUCAAGAAUCUCCUCCGUUCAGUUCAAACGCAUCUACAAUAACCGACGAUUCAAUUAGAACAGAAGAAGAUUCAAAUAAUUUCAAAUCAAACAAACCCAAUCAAGAACAAAGCUCCAAUCUUGAAACUACCCCAUCUCUCUAUUCAAUCCUUUUUCAAAAAAGGAACAAGAGCAAGACCACUCGAAACGACGUCGUUCAAGGCACUCCGGCGCCGGCGCCGGCGGGAAUGUUCAGGAAUUGGAUCCGAUGUGGGAAUGUAGAGAAUCAUGAAUCGGCUGUGGUGGUGAUCAAUAGAAGGAAAAAGGUAUCGGAAUCUGAUUCAAUCCAACGGCUGGAUGGAAGUGUGGGAUGCGGGAGUAUGAGUUGUAGAAGUAGUACUGAUGUAGGAAAUCGCAGCUCGAUUGAUAAAUUGGGCGGGUCACGGUCUCAACGAGUUCUUCGGACUAACCAACCAUGGGAAAAAAACGGGUAUUUUAAUACAAGGUCAUGUUUGGAAUCCAACUUAACCAGUAAUGAAGGGGAGAAGGGUUCAAAGAAGUGUGAAAAGAAGGAAGAAGACUCCACAGCCCAAAGGCCAAUUUCAACUUCUUAUAGAUAUAAACCCAUAAAUGGGCCCAAUUGCUCGCAGUGCGGGAAAAAGUUCAAGCCAGAUAAAUUGCACACCCAUAUGAAGUCGUGUAAAGGGAUGAAAGCGUCGACGACGAAGGAUAUAAACCCUAGGGUUAGCUCAAUGAUCGACGAUAAAGAUGAACCGAUUUACAAAGAAUCAUCUUGUGGCCUUUAUUUGACUCUUGAAGCUCCAAAGUAA